AUGUCUGAUCUGAAAGGACAGCGCCAUUUUGCAGAGAUACUUUAUUUCUUUCUGGUUGACAAGGGCAAUCUCCGCUACACCUGCACUGUAACAAGAAUGUAUUUGUUGCUGGACAACGAUAUACUCGAAAAAUCUUACAAUACCCUUGAAGUCUGCUCAUUUUUGGGAGAUGAAGAAACUCGAAUUGUUGAUGCAAAGUCAAUUGAGAGUGUUGUUGGUAUGAUACCCUUCCGACAACAGGGAGCUACAGAAUGGAAUGGGACCUCUUAUUUUGUGUUAGAGAAACUGAGUUCUGCAGAGCUGAGUGUGGUUGUAAAUGGAGAGGAGCUAGAUGAGUUGGCCAAGAACGAGAACGAGAACUAG